AUGUCGCGCGAAUUAGUCGAACGUGCUAUUCAUCAUGCUUUACUAUUUUGGUCUUAUCCAAGUCAACUAAGAUUUCGUAAAGCUGUUGAUUCCGAACAUCCCGACAUUGAAUUUUUAUUUGCUAAAGGCUAUCAUGAAGAUGGUUAUCAAUUUGAUGGAAAAGGUUCUGUUCUUGCACAUGCAUUUUAUCCUGAAGAACAUCUUGGUGGAGAUGUUCAUUAUGAUGAAGAUGAAGAUUGGACAGCUUAUCGAGAAAAUGAAUAUGGCUUGAUGGACUUAUUCUCAGUAACUGUUCAUGAAUUAGGACAUUCAUUAGGUUUAAUGCAUUCAAAUAUACCUGAUGCAAUUAUGUUUCCCUAUUAUCGUGGUUAUUCCAAUGCUACUAGAUUACAUAUGGACGAUAUUGCUGGUAUUCGAAAACUUUAUGGAGAUCCUCCAAGUAAUUCUCUACCAGAAGAAGAUUCAAGUUCACCAACAAUGUAUUCCGAUAAAAUAACAGAAGAAUAUAAUGAUUAUACAACAACAACAAUCACAGAAUUAAUAACAACAAAUAUAAUUGAAACAAUAACAACAACAACCACGACGACGACGACGACGACAACGACCAUGAUUCCAACAAUAACAACAAUUCAAACAACAAUAUCAACUACCCUCAUAACCACGGUAUCUUCUCAUAAUGAAACACAAACGCAUCAGACAAGAACAUAUCCAUUAUAUGGACCAAAAACUCGAUAUACAACAAAUAUCCCACCAGUAAAAACAACUUAUCUUCGCUUACAAACACCUUACGAAACAACAACAGAACAAAAUAAAAUCAAUCGUACAGAUCAAUCAAAAUUAGAUUUAUGUGAUGGUUUUUAUGAUGCUAUUACAAUGUAUAAAGGAGUUUUAUUUAUAUUUAAAGGACAAUAUUUUUGGCAAUAUGAUCGACGUGGUUUAGAUCCAUCAUCACCAAUGAUUAAUAAUGCUUUUUGGUUAGGUUUACCCGAAACUUUACAAAAAGUUGAUGCUGCUUAUGAAAGAGCUGAUGGACGUUUAAUGCUUUUCUCAGGUCGUCAAUAUUGGAUAUUUGAAGAUAAUAGAAUAUCAGUGGAAAAAAAUGGUAUUACUUAUCCACGUAAUAUAACUUCACUUGGUCUUCCAACACAUGUCGAUCGUAUUGAUGCAGCUUUUUUAUGGUCAUUUAAUCGUCAAGCUUAUCUUGUUUCAUCAAAUUUAUAUUGGGCAUUAGAUGAAAGAUGGAAUCGUGUUAAUACUUAUGAUUAUCCAAGAGAUAUGACAAUGUGGCAAGGAAUUGAUAUUCCCCUUGAUGAUGCUUUUGUUGAUUUAACUGGUUCGACAUAUUUUUUCAAAGGUCUUGAUUUUUGGCGUUUAAAUGAUACAAGUAUGGAAUCAGCAAUUGAUUACCCACGUUCAAUAAAUACCGAAUGGCUUUUUUGUGAUAAGCCUCGAUCUUCAUCAUCUUUAUUUUCUGUUCGAUCGACUUUUAUUUUCUCAAUUAUUCUCCUUCUUACACUUCACUGCUCUUCGCUCUAA